AUGUCACUGCAGCACGGCGUCCUCUGCGCGCUCACGGCGUUUACGAUGUGGGGGUUCUUUCCCAUCUACUGGAAGCAGCUCCCGGACGUGCCCGACAUGCAAGUCGCCGUGCACCGCGUGUUGUGGUCCGGCCUCAUCCUCCUCGCCAUCGUGCUUCUGACGUGCCAAUGGCGCGCGUACGCGGCUGUCGCCUUUACGAAGCGCAAUAUCUUGAUUUACGGCAUUGCGAUCGUCCUCCUCACGGGCAACUUCUUCAUCUACGUCUUUGCGACCAACUCGAACCGCAUCAUCGAACUCAGCCUCGGGUACUUUAUCAACCCGAUGGUCAACGCGGUUCUCGGUCGCGUCUUCCUCAAGGAAUCGCUCUCCAAGUGGCAGUGGAUCGCGCUCGGCAUCGCGCUCGUCGGCGUCUUGAUCCCGACGAUCGCGUACGGCAAGUUCCCGUACCUCGCCAUCACGCUCGCGACGACGUCGGGCUUGUACAAUUUGGCCAAGAAGAUGGCGCCGCUCGACUCGUUCCAUGGCUUGACGCUCGAGACUAGCUUGAUGCUCGUGCCGGCAGCCAUCUACUUGGUUUGCGUCGACGCGCAGGGCAGCGGGGCGUUUGGCCACGUCGACACCAAGACCAAUCUCCUCCUCGUGGGCACGGGCGUGAUUACGAUCUUGCCGUUGAUCCUCUUUGCCAAGGCGGCGCCGGUCAUCCCGAUGGCUCUCAUGGGCAUUUUGCAGUACGUUUGCCCGACGAUCACGUUUCUGCUGGGCCUUUUCCUCUACGACGAGCCGUUCACGACGACCAAGCUCAUUGGCUUUAUCGUGAUUUGGAUCGCGCUCGUGGUCUUUACGACCGACAGCGUCUUGACGUACAAGCGCCAAGAGACCAAACCGAUCGAGUGCCCGGUGCCAACGACCGAGUACAAGCGCGUCGACGAGUCGCAUGUGUAACUUUGUAGUGUGGCAUUCUAUUUGUU